AUGAAUUUGUACCACCAGGAGAUAUGGAUAAAUGGGUAUUUAUCCAAAAGCCAUUCUUGGCUGAUUGUAAACUUGUACCUGUUCCAGCGUAUGCUUUGUGGAAUGAACCUGCUGUUAUUGGAAUGGUUCAGUUACAUUUCAGAAGCUAAAGCUCUAUAUACAUUACUUGGCUACCAACACAAGCAAUCUAACCAGUUCUCGACAUACAACUACUACGGAACUAAUAUAGCAACCUUCUUUGUAACUAAUGCAUUUCCCGAUAGCCUAUAUUUAUAUGAAUAUAAUUUCAAUAGCAACCAAUUAAAGUUAAUACAAGCUUUUGAUAAUAACAAAUACCAGGUUUAUUCAAUGUCAUCUUCCCAAUCCUCUUCAGCAAACGAUUUACUAUUUUCAUUCACCCUUAAUAACCAUGACAAUUAUCUAUUUGGUAGAUAA